AUGAAGGUGUACGCCAAGUGUCACCUCCAGCAAGGUGUCAUGUUUGGGCCCUUUGUAGGAGAAGUGUGCAGGGGACAAAUGCCGACUAACCUCAAAUAUGCCUGGGCUAUUAGGGAUGAUGCUGCUUUCAUCUACGUUGAUGCCUCUGAUGAAAACAAAUCCAACUGGAUGAGGUAUGUAACAUAUACGAGCAGUGAGGAGGAACACAAUCUGGUCGUCUUCCAGUUUUACCGUCACAUCUACUACAGGGUUUCCCAGCCCAUCCCAGAGGGAGCAGAGCUCAGGGUCUGGAUUGGCAAGGAUUAUGCCUCCCUGCUGGGCCUGGGGAUGGGCGACAAUGUGAAAUGUGAAGUUGGAGACAAGGAGACAGCUCUGCGCCUCCUGCAGGAUAUUCAGUUGGUCACCCUCCCGGAGCCCAGCAGCACUUCCCUUUGGUCAGAUCAAAGCCAGUCACAGAGCCCCAUGCCUGUCAUCAGUGAUGUGACAACAAUGUCAAACCCAGACACAGCUAAUGAUCCAGGUGGGAUUUCUGCCUCUGCCCUCACCAACACCUCCGUGAUCUCCUUCCCGUCCCCGAGCUCUCAUCUGAUGGAAAAGUAUGAUUUUAUGCCUGGAACCGAGAAACUGCUGAGUAACCCAAGCGCCACACAGAACAGCCCGUGGUACUUUUUUGGGUUUGAGCCAGACCCAACCGGUCGGCCUCUGGACCGGAGCAUAGCGGUGUGUAAACUGUGUGUGGAGCACGUGGGCUGUGCUGGAGGGGCAGCAGACCUCCAAAACCACCUGACCAACAAGCACCACAUCAGACCACGUGAUAGUAACAAGGAUCGGAGUCUUCUGAUAAUAGGUCAACGCUCUCAGCCAAUGAUGGUUAACAGCGGUCUGGUCAGCACCUUCCCCCUGGUUUUGUCUACUCAAGUGACUGAUGCUAUCACCAACUUUCUCAUCAUGGAUCUCCAGCCUCCAGCUCUGGUAGAAGGGGAAGGCUUCAGACAGCUGAUCCACACCAUCCUGCCCACCUGCAAAGAGCUGCCGUCACCCUGUCAGCUCGAGAACCUCCUGAAGGAACACCACACCAAAGGCAAGACCAGCCUUGCUCAGCUGCUGAGAAGGAAAACAGGAAGCGGAGAGACUGAGGAGACCUCUGACUACACUGCUCCCAUCGAGUUUGAGCCCAGGAGACGUGGGCGACCUGCCAGCUAUCGGAGGGAAGUUCCUCACUUUGUCACUUUAAGUGUGGAUGUUUGGUCCCACAACUGGCAGGGCAACAUUGAGAAGUACCUCACCCUCUGGGCACACUUUAUAGACUCUAAUUUUACCUUUCAGAACGUGGCCCUGGCAACCCAAAGACUGACAGAGAGUGGGGUGAAAGAUUACACCCUUCGAGCAGUGGAGGCUCAAGUGAAAGCGAUGGCACAGGAGUGGGGAAUCUCUCAGCCCAAUCUGGUCCUGCUGGGAGGGGAAGGGAGGAAUAAGAUGAGGCUGGGGCCAGUAAAGAGCGAGAAAGGUGGAGAGGCUGCGGGAAGCGUCCCUCACCCAAACUCAACAACAUUUCUUGAGAGGGAUGACUCUGUGUUACCUGAGGAACCGCAUGGCUCUGAGCACGGUCAUUCCAGUGAGGGACUACCAUCUGUCCCAUGUUUCUACAGCGCUGUGCAGGACUGCAUUGAGGAAGUGAUGUCACAUCCUGUCAUCUCCAAGACCCUCUGCCUAUUCCAGGGUAUUCUCUCAAACCUGUUCCAGCCACCUGCUCAACACAGAGGCUCAUAUCAGCAUCAUGUCCAGAGUCUGUUGCAGACCCUGACAAAACAAGAACAGGCAGAGCUGAAGUCGUGGGCUCAUAGUCGGCCAGCGUGGAAUAAGUUGUACCAGCUACUGAGCACUCUGCUAAAACAUAAAAGUAUUUUCUGUGAUGUAAUAAGAGAGAUUAAUGGGGAGGGCUUGUCUAAAGAAGACAGUGCUUCAGACACCAGUUCAUCUGGCAGCUUCCACGCAAACCCGACCUCCAACACAUCCUCAGCAAACGUCUCAAUGCAUUCUGAAUGGAAGGUCCUGGAGGAGUUGUGUUUGGUCCUCAAACCUCUGGAUGUGGCAUGUCGAACCCUCGCCAAGGAGGCGUUCCCCCGUCUGUCCCUCAUCAAACCCAUUCUCAUUGGCCUGCUCUCCCGUCACCUCGUAUCCCGACCGGGAGAUUCAUCAUCCAUCUUAAAGGAAGUGAAGAGGAUGAUGAGGCGGAACUUGGCAAGCUGUUACCACAACCCUGUUGUCAACAGGGCUCUGUGUGUGGCAUGUUCCCUCGACCCCCAGUUCCACGGGCUGGGGUUCAUGGAGGAGAAGGAGCAGACGGUCACUUUUGAUUGGCUGAAGAAAGAGGCCGUCAGGAUUGUGAAGGAGGACAGGAAGAGGGGCCAAGAUAAGAAGCAAAGCCAGUUUAAGAGAAGCCCCUCCCCUGGGUCUCCAGAGUCAGAGAGUGAAUUCCUGCGGAGGAGCAAACGCCUCAAAGAAUCCCGCCCAAUCAACUUCAGAGAGAUCGAAGAUGAUGACGAAGAGAGCGAUGUAGGAGAGACAGACGAAAACGAGUCCGCAGACCCAGGCUCUCAGGCCGGUCUGUCGGGAAUGGAGUUCCUGCUGGGAGACCUGUUCUGCUCUGCCCCCCGGAGCAAGCAGAGCUCCGUGGAGGAGUCUAUAGACAUGGAGAUGUCUGUUUUUAGAGCCGACAAGGGGGCCUCACUGGGAGUGGAGCCUUUGCAGUGGUGGAGGACGAAAGCAGUUCAGUUUCCACUUUUGGCCACAGUGGCACGGGCCUAUCUGGCUGCUCCCGCCGUGGCAGGUAAUGCUGCACAGGACUUUGUGCAGGAAGGAGCUGGAGCCACGUACAGAAAGAGAGCCAGCAUCCCACCAGAGAGUUUGGACGCGAUCCUGUUUCUCCACCAUAACCACAUGCCCACCACUGACACAGGGCAAACAGCACUGAGGAAUGAUGACAAGAACAGUGGGAUUGAAAAGAUCCCAUAA